GUUCCAUGAGGGGCUCUGAUCUGGCUGUAAUUUCUCUUAAAAUAACCCUUGCUUCUGCUCAUCCUACCUGAAGGAUCAAUGAGAUUUGGGAGGGACUGUUCAUGGAAAACAGAGACAGAGGAAAUCAAUCAGUGACAGAACUCAUCCUUCUGGGAUUCGAGAAUCUCCCUGAACUGCAGACCCUUCUCUUCCUGGUGUUUCUAGUGAUCUACAUUGUGACCAUGGCCGGGAACAUCCUCAUUGCAGCACUAGUUGUGGCUGAUCAGCACCUUCAUACCCCCAUGUACUUUUUCCUUGGGAACUUGUCUUGUUUAGAGACCUGCUACAGCUCCACUGUCCUGCCUAAAAUGCUGGCCAGUCUCCUGUCUGGGGACAGAACCAUUUCUGUUAGCAGCUGCAUCAUACAAUUUUAUUUCUUUAGUGCUCUGGUGGGUACAGAAUGUUUCCUCUUAUCCAUGAUGUCAUAUGAUCGGUAUUUAGCGAUAUGCAAACCACUGCAUUAUGCAGCCCUCAUGAAUGAUAGGUUCUGUCUCCAGCUAACAGUUGGAUCUUGGAUGAGUGGGUUCCUGGCUAUGAUCAUAGUAAUAAUAUUGAUGUCACAGUUAACUUUUUGUGGUCCCACAGAAAUAAACAGUUUCUUUUGUGAUUUCAUCCCAGUAAUAAAACUCUCCUGCAGUGAUCUCCAUGUGCUGAAGGUGGUUGCUUUCAUAUGCUCUUCAGUAUUCUCAGUGAUUCCGUUCAUUUUAACGCUGACAUCCUACAUUUGCAUCAUCAUCACUAUCCUCAGAAUCCCUUCCUCCACUGGGAAGCAAAAGGCAUUUGCCACCUGCUCUUCACACCUCAUCGUUGUUUCCAUUUACUAUGGGACACUAAUCAUUGCCUAUAUGUUACCAAAAACUGAUACAUUGAGAAACCUGAAUAAAGUAUUCUCUGUCUUCUACACUGUCGUUACACCUCUGCUCAACCCCCUCAUCUACAGCCUGCGAAACAAAGAGGUCAAGGAGGCCCUGAGAAAAGCUCUGUGUAAAUGUGUGGCUUUUGCAAGAAUCAUGGAAAUGUAG